ACAUUGUGGAAAAAAAUCUACCAAUGAAUGUACGUAUUGGUCAUAGUAUUGAUAAGGGUAGCUUUUUGGUUAUGGACUAUCCCAUGCAAGAUUUAUUAGACUGUGAUCAAGAAACAACACUUCUAUUGGAAAAUUCAAGUAAUGCCAGAGAUAUGGAUGUCCAUACUGCCAGAAGUAAUAGAAAUCCAAAACGACACAGUAGUGUAGGCAGUUAUUUUUGCAGCUGUUGGUGUUCUGCUAUCCGACGAUGUUGUGGUCCACGAGAACUAAGGUCGCGGACGAUAUUACUUGGAAAACCAUCAAAUAGCCAGUUCCCUGCCAAUGCUAUCAGAAAUCAGAAAUACAACAUAAUAACAUUCUUGCCCCUGGUCCUCUAUCAGCAAUUCAAAUUCUUUCUGAAUCUUUACUUCUUAAUCAUGGCCACAAGUCAGUUUGUUCCUGAUAUAAGGAUUGGGUAUUUAUACACAUAUUGGGGACCACUGUGCUUUGUACUUUUGGUUACAAUAUCCAGAGAAGCAAUUGAUGAUUUACGAAGACAUAAAAGAGACCAAGAAGUUAACAACCAGAAAUGCAAAAGGUUACUAAAUAAUAGAGAUAAACCAUUUGAAAUUGUGGCUGCACAUAGACUCAAAGUUGGUGAUAUAAUCAUUGUGGAUAAAGACGAACGUGUCCCUGCUGAUUUAGUUCUGCUACGAACUUCCGAAAGCAGUGGCUCAGUUUUCGUCAGAACUGACCAGUUAGAUGGUGAGACAGAUUGGAAGUUGAGGCUGGCCGUCCCAGCAACUCAAAAAUCGGCGUCUGAUCAACAAUUAUUCGAAAUAAAUGCAACUAUUUAUGCCGAGAAACCACAGAAAGACAUACAUUCUUUCAUCGGAACUUUCACAAGACAGGAUUUAAUAAAUAGUGAUGAGAGCUUGGAUUUAGAAAACACUCUGUGGACAAAUUGUGUUGUUGCUUCAGGACAAGCUACAGGAGUUGUUAUUUAUACAGGUCCUGAAACACGAUCAGUCAUGAAUAAUUCGGCCCCACGUUCUAAAGUAGGUUUGCUAGACAUUGAGGUGAACACCAUAACCAAACUAUUAUUUGCCGCUGUGAUUGGCUUAGCUCUGAUCAUGAUGGCCUUGAAAGGUUUUAGUGGACCAUGGUACAGAUACAUGUUCAGAUUCGUAUUACUUUUCUCUUACAUAAUUCCUAUAAGUUUGAGAGUAAAUUUGGACAUGGGCAAGUCAUUCUAUUCAUGGUCGAUCGGCAAAGAUCCUGCUAUGAAAGGUACCACUGUGCGUUGCACAACAAUACCUGAAGAACUUGGGAGAAUUUCAUAUCUCCUGUCCGAUAAAACCGGUACACUCACGCAAAAUUCCAUGGUCUUGAAGAGAUUACAUUUGGGCACUGUUAGUUAUGCCUCUGAUAGUUUUGAUGAGGUUACUUCUGUUUUAAGAAGCUCAUUCAGUAUCACUGAUAAUGCGAAAUUGGGAUCAGAAAAGUUCAGGCGAUCUGAAAACACCAGAGUCAGAGACGCUGUUCAGGCUCUAGCAUUGUGCCACAAUGUAACGCCUGUAUACGAAAGUAACGACAAAAAAGAUCCAGAUUCCGGCUCAUUGACCUCGGAAACAGAGGCCGACCAACACUUGCAGAUGCCGGAAACCGACGUUAUGUAUCAGGCCGCCAGUCCGGAUGAAGUGGCCUUAGUUCAGUGGACUCACGAGGUCGGGUUGGCAUUGAGCCGCAGAGAUUUGUCUUCGAUGCAACUCAGGUCUCCCGACGGUAGGCUAAUGAACUACGCCAUCUUGCAGAUAUUCCCAUUUACUAGUGAAACGAAGAGAAUGGGGAUCAUCGUUAAGGAUCUGCUUACUGGAGAAAUAAUCUUCUAUCUGAAAGGAGCCGAUGUUGUUAUGUCUGCGAUAGUUCAAUACACCGAUUGGUUAGACGAAGAAGUAGGCAACAUGGCACGAGAUGGUUUGAGAACACUUGUAGUUGCAAAGAAAAAUCUUACUGAAGAACAGUAUCUCGAUUUUGAGGCUCGCUAUAAUGCCGCUCGUCUGUCGACCAUCGACAGGGUUGCCAGAGUAGCACAGGUAGUCGAAUCUCUGGAACGAGAAAUGGAAUUGCUGUGCAUAACUGGCGUCGAGGACAAGCUGCAGAAUGAUGUCAGGGCGACUUUGGAAUUACUCAGGAAUGCGGGAAUAAAAAUAUGGAUGUUGACCGGCGACAAAUUAGAAACUGCUACUUGUAUUGCAAAAAGUUCCAGAUUGGUAUCUAGAACACAAGGUCUUCAUGUAUUGAAAAAGGUUGUGACUCGUACAGAUGCACAUUUGGAAUUGAAUGCCUACAGGAGAAAACAAGAUUGUGCUUUGGUAAUAAGUGGCGAAAGUUUGGAAGUAUGUCUAUCCUAUUAUCAGCAGGAGUUCAUGGAAUUGGCAACCGCUGCCCCUGCAGUUGUUUGCUGUAGGUGCUCGCCAACCCAAAAGGCUCAAGUGGUCCAGCUCAUCCAGAAGCACACAGGCAAACGCACGGCGGCGGUGGGCGACGGCGGCAACGACGUCAGCAUGAUCCAGCAGGCGGACGCCGGCAUCGGCAUCGAAGGGCGCGAGGGCAAACAGGCUAGUCUCGCAGGUGACUUCAGCAUUCCGCAGUUCGCGACGCUGGCGCGGCUGCUGCUCGUGCACGGCAGGAAGUCGUACAAGAGAUCUGCUUCGCUGGCACAGUUUGUGAUACACAGGGGACUGAUCAUUUCCACGAUGCAAGCGGUGUUCAGCAGCGUGUUUUACCUGAGUUCUGUGGCACUGUAUCAGGGUUUCCUCAUGGUCGGUUAUGCCACCGUCUACACCAUGUUUCCGGUUUUCAGUUUAGUUUUGGAUCAAGACGUCAGUCCUGAGAUAGCUCUAACUUACCCCGAAUUGUAUAAGGAAAUGGCAAAAGGACGAAGUUUAUCCUACAAAACUUUCUUCAUGUGGGUUUUGAUUAGUAUUUAUCAAGGGGGUGUGAUAAUGUACGGAGCACUGCUUCUGUUCGAAGACGAAUUUAUUCACAUUGUAGCCAUCAGCUUCACAUCACUAAUACUGACUGAACUCAUUAUGGUGGCUUUGAACAUCAGAACAUGGCACUAUCUGAUGGUGUUAGCCGAGCUCUUCUCCUUGGGUCUAUAUGGGCUGUCGUUGAUAGUUUUGCAUGAUUAUUUCGAUUCGGAAUUCAUAAGGACAAAGGAUUUCUUCUGGAAAGUGAUAGUGAUAACUUUGAUUUCCUGUUUGCCACUUUACAUAUUGAAGUUCUUGAGGAAAAAGUUCUCACCACCUAGUUAUAGUAAACUAUCGUGAACAAUUAUGGGAGUUGUUAUAACAACGAGCACAUCUAUAGUUUUCCACUUACAAAUAGUCAUUUUUUAUUCCUUUCAACAAACUUAUAAUUUAUUCACUGUUUUAUUCAUGUCAUAAAAAUAACAAUUAUUCCUCAUUUCAUUAUUUGGGCCAGAUGUUGAAGCAGUGUUUUGGUCCAUUUGAAAUCUCGUAUAUAACUGUUUCACAAGAGUUGAGGUUAUUAAAAUCGCCAAACUAAUAAAUAAGUAAAAUUAAACUCAUUGGGAUUUUUCAUACUAUUGCUAAGGCAUGUGAAGCUGUUCAUUUGAAUUGUCUGUCAAACACUAUGGACAUUAUUGAAACAUGGGAGAUUUUAAGUUAACCAAAAUGUUAGCAAUUGAUGAAGACUGUUUUGUAUUGAUAGUGGUUUUGUGAUAAAAAGUAACUCAAUAUUGGCUUCCACAUACAAAUGUGACUGAUUAAAUGGUAUAUUUAUGCAAAGAAUAUCUUUGUCGGAUUAUGUUGAGACAUUUCAGAUAAAAUAUUGUGUAUUCAACCUAAUGAUGUUUUGAAUUUUUGUGAAUGAAAACAUUCUGAAGAAAUUAAAUCUGUAAUAUUUAUCAAUCAUUUCAUAUCAUUUCAUGUUUUUAGAAGUUGGAAUUUCCAUCAUUCAUUGGUAUGCUUGUAAUAUUUGCAAUACUGGGAAUUAUUAGUACAUGAAGAGUUAUUGCCCUACUCCUAUCCAAUUACAUUGGAUUCGUUUCUGGACAUGAUUUAUUUCGAUUAGUAUUGCAAAUGUAUAACCCUUAUAAGUCUUAUUAUUAUUAUUCAAUGUUUGUCUUUAUUACUGAGAAAGUUAUUUAUAAUGAUGAAAUUUCUGGCAAAGUAUUUUUUAACAAUUUGCAGGGAUAAAAUAUGACAAGCAUAUCAGUGUGCUAUUCAAGAAAUAACUAAGUUUUCAGUCGAAUAUUUGAGUUUUCAAUCCCAUAUUCAAAUUAGAAUUUUAUUUAUUUCAACAUAACAUUAUUCAUGUAGAUAUAUGAAUAAUCAUCAUAGUAAUUGUUAGUAUAUUUUAUAAUCUGUGUUUGUUAUUCAUUAUACAGUUUAUUUAUCAGAACUAUGUUGUAUUACUAAAAUAUAAUAUGCUUAUUUUAUU